AUGAAUUCACAUUUAUUCAAACAAUAUCCAUGUAUUCAAUUAUCAAGGGAUAUUAAAAAAUUAAUUCAACAAUCUGAUUACAUUCUAGCUGGACGUUUAAGAAAUCAUGAUCAAAAUCAGAAUGCCUAUGACACCUCUCAUAAUAAUAAUAAUAAUAAAUAUUUUAAUAUAACUGUUUUAAUUAAAAUCAUUUAUAAAACUUCUUAUCCAAUUGAAAAUAAUCUAAUUACUAUCGGUCCAAUAUUUAUACCCGAUGAUCAUCAUCAACUUGGUACUGGAUGUUUAACUGCAUUUUAUCCAAAUGCGAAAUAUAUAUUUUUUCUACGAAAACAUGAUAAACUAACAAAUUAUUAUGAACCAUUAAGUGAAGUAAUGGAAUUCAAUGAACAAAUGGAAAAACAAAUUUAUGCAUAUUAUUGUCAUAAUUGUGUAAAACCUAAAAUUGAAUCAAUUCCAAAUCAAGUAUUAGAAUAUGGUUUUACACUGACAGUGAGUUGUUUAGCCACUGGUAAACCAACACCAAAUAUUAUGUGGAUAAGAGAUGGAAAAUCUGUGAAUUUAGCUGAUAAAGGAUUGACAGUUGAAACAUUUGAACGAUCACCUGGUCAUGUGGAAUCCAUAUUGGAAAUAAAUAGUUUAAUUCUUAUUGAUAGCGGUGAAUAUUGGUGUUAUGCUGAGAAUGCGUUAGGAUUAACUAAAGAAAAAUUCAUAUUAAAAGUUGAACAAAACAACAGAACAGACGAAAAAGUAAUGGUUGAUGAAUUGAUACCUUGUUCCAAUGAAGAUAAAGAUUACUGCCUCAAUGGUGGACAAUGUUAUACAUCGAAAAAUGAAAGAGUAUCAUUUCAAUGCAGGUGUAUCGAUCAUUAUUUCGGUGACCGAUGUCAUUUUCACACUGAUGGUCUAUAUGGUAUUCAUAUUUUCUCAGGGGCUUUUUCUGAAUCACGUGAAAAUCAUUUACAAUCUCUAUUGCAUGAAAUUAUUAGAACGUUAACAUUACGUGGUAUAUUUUUCACAUUAUUCGGUAUAUCAAUACAUAUUUUAAUAUUUUAUGGAAUAUGGAAAUGUCAACAAAGAAGCAUGCAUCGAAAAUACUUAAGAAAACGAAAUAAAUCUGCAUUUAAAAAUGGUUCACAAACGAAAACUACUCAUUCAAUGAAUAAAUCAAAUAGUGGACAAAGAAUUCUUACUACAGUCAACAAUAAUAAUACAGAUUCAUUCUUGAUGAAUGAUUUUCAUGAAAGAAAUGUCAACAUGGACACUGUACCCAUAGUGGAAAAUUAUCAUGGACCAACUGCUAAUAGUUUUAUUCUUCCAGUGACAAAUUUAUUCACAACUGGCAAUUAUGAAAAUCAUUCACAGAAUUGUACUGGUGGUGAUGUAGCAAUUGAUUUGAAAUUGCCAUUAUCAACAAGUCAUGUGAAUCCACAACCAUUGUUGCAUGAUCAGUCAAGAAACCCGCCACAAAUCGGUUAUCGAUCAUCAACCUCUUUAGAUCAAUGCAAUGAAAAUGGUAUAAACUUAUACAAUCGACCUUUUGGAACAGAUUGGUCAACACAACGGCUUCUUACAUCACAAAAAUGCGGAUCUAUACGAGAUCGACUACCAGUACUGGCAGAAGGUUCCAAUUCAGAUUUAAAUAUUGAUCGAUGCCUGGAUUAUACAAAUCCUAUGAAUCGAAUGAAUAGAUUUGAUCAUGACAGAGAAAUGACAAUGAAUAUGAUUUCGUCUACAUCUUCAUUUAUACAAACAAAUACUUGA